CUUCACAUUGUCAACUCCCCGUCUUAUCGCCACCUUCCUGUUUAAUCUCUGUAUGCUUGUCUCGUUCUCUCGUUCCAAGUGUUUAUCUAUUGACAGGAGUCUCUCUACUUUCCAUUUAUGUUCUUUUUCCUCUGUUUUUUUUGCCUCAAACCUAUUCAUUUUAUCUCCCUUCAAGCCUCUUUUCUUACUUUUCCUCUUCAUUCGUCCUGAUCAUGGCUUUUGAACGGAACGCACACCAUUUUGACUCCUACGUCAUGCAGAGACCGGAGAUGGGGCGUAUUAUGGGGGUUCCACUGGAUCAGAAAACUUGUGACACUUGGAACAGCAUCCAGAGCUUCCAGGCCCAUCCUGCUGACAUUCUUGUAGCCGCUUAUCCUAAAGCAGGUACCACAUGGAUGCAAGAAAUUGUAGAUAUGAUUUGUGAGGAUGGAGACAUAAUGAAGUGCCGUCGGGCUCCCACCUAUGACCGACACCCCUUUUUGGAGGUGGUGGCUCCCGAACCUGUUCCCUCAGGACUACAGUUAGCUGAACAGAUGGAACCACCUCGUAUCCUGAAAACUCAUCUUCCUGUCCAGCUCCUUCCACCUUCAUUUUGGAAGAAUAACUGUAAAGUUAUAUACGUGGCUAGGAAUGCCAAGGAUUGUAUGGUGUCCUACUUUCAUUUCCAGAGAAUGAAUAAGGGUCUCCCAGACCCUGGGACCUGGGAUAAUUACUUCUCAACCUUCAUGUCUGGAACAGUUCCAUGGGGCAGCUGGUUUGACCAUGUCAUUGGCUGGUGGAAAGCAAAAGACAGUCAUCAAAUCCUUUACAUUUUCUAUGAGGACAUGAUCAAGAAUCCAGAGCAUGAGAUCCAGAAGGUCAUGAGUUUCCUGAAGAAGGAUUUAUCUGACAAUGUUCUGGAGAAGAUCCACCAGCACACCUCGUUCCAAGCCAUGAAAGAGAAUCCUAUGGCCAACUACAGCACUAUUCCUUCAUUUGUGAUGGACCACACCAUCUCUCCCUUCAUGAGGAAAGGUAUUGUGGGCGAUUGGAAAAACUAUUUUUCGGUAGCACAAGAUGAACUCUUUGCGAAGGAGUACGAGAGAAAAAUGAAGGGAACGGACCUGGUUUUCUGCACUGAGCAAUAA